AUGCCACACAAAGGCCGCCGUGCGCCCCGCGCGUCGGGGCCCAUGGACGACCUCGCGCCCGAGACACUAGCGCGCGUCUUUGCGUUUCUCGACCCCAAGACGCUCGGCGUGUGUGCAGGCGUGUGCCGGACAUGGCACGCGAUCCUCCAGCUGGAUACAACGUGGCGCACGGCGUUUGCCGUGGCGUUUGGCCUCGACGAGCGCGAAGAGAGCAUCGCGGCGCGCGUCCUCGCAGGCGAUACGGCGUGCACGUCGCUGCGCGUCGCGCCAGCCCUCCGACGACUGGACGCAAGCUCGUGGAAGGCAGAAUAUACCGCGCGCGUCGCUCUGUUGCGACGCUGGCGCAAGUCACGCACACCGACCAUUCUCUCGGAUCCCCGCAUCGCGACGCUCGAUGCGCUGGCACUGUCCGCGUCGCGCCGCUUUGUUCUUUCGCUGUCGUACGGCUUCAGCGUCGCAUCGCGCUCGAAUGCAUUCACGGGCAAGGUCGCCAAGGACUUUUUGGACGCGUCUGGAUUCGCGUCGCUGGGGCCAAACGGCCAGCCCAACGUCGAGUUCUCGCCGGUGACGACGGCGCUCGCGACCGACGCGCAUGCGAGCCGCAUUGUGUGGGGCCAGCGCUCUGGCGAUAUUAGUCUUACCAUGAUCGACUGGCGUGGCCAAAGUGCACGCGGUACAGUGCGCAAUCGCGCGUUUGCACGCCGCGCCGGGCACAAUGCGCCGGUGACUGCGAUCGCGUUUCCGGCGCCAGCCGGCCACGGCGGCGCGCAUGGCGUGAGCCGCUCGACCGAGCUCCACCGCCAGCUGCUCUCCCAGGCGGGCGACGCGGCACAGACCUUUGCUACGGCCGCUGCCGACGGAUCCGUGUACAUCUGGCACGCGAAGCACGACGUUCCGAUUUGGAAAGGCCAUGCACACACGGAGCGCAAAGCCAAUGCGCCGAGCGACGGGCCCGUCGACUGCCUCGUAUACCAGCCUGCGCACGGCGUGCUCCUCGCCGCGUGCCGCUCCGGGACCGUGUGCGUCUGGACAGAGGUCGAGGCCAAAGCGCUCUCUGCCUUGUACAAUAGCCGCAGCGCGCGCCACGAGGCGCUCAGCGAGGCGGAUCGCGCGCAAAGCGCCGCGCUCCAGCAGGCGCAGCGCCUGCACAUCCCCGCCCACGCCGCGCCGAGCGAUGCGCCGUGCAUCGACGCGCUCGUGCUCGAUACGUACGUCGAGGAGGAGCGCCGUCUUUCGUUCCUGGUCCAUAUGCGCAAUGCGCGCGUCUUUUUGCGGCAUGAUAUCCUCGACGGCGAGGUGCGAACGACCGUCUUUGGUGCGCCGAACAUCUCGCCGAUCACGAGCAUCCGCUGCGACUUUGACGUGCGCGAGCGAACCGGCCGCCUGCCUGCGGCGCUGCUGGCACGCAUGCGCGCAGCGCGCUUCAAAGAGCACAAGUUUGUCUGUGCCGGCACCGCCUCGGGCGGCAUCGGCAUCUGGGAGUGGGACGCGGGCGAGGCGUACCAGGAGGCGGACCAGCUCGCGUGGCAGCAGUGUGCCGCGCCGCAGCUGGUCGUCGGCGACGCCCAGGCCGCGCCCGCGCUCGUGCUCGAGGGCCAUACGAAUGCGAUCACCGCGCUCGACAUUACGCCGUCGCUCCUCUUUGCCGGCAGUGAGGACGGGACGGUCAAGGCGCUCGAUCCGCUGACCGGGCACGUCGUCCGCGUAUUUAACGAGCGCACGGCACGGCGGCAGCCUGCGCGCAUGCUUGCGAGUGGCGAGCUGAGCCCCGAGCAUGCCGCGCGCUUCCGUGUGAACCAAAUUGUGGCGGAUGACGACCUGUUUGUCGCGGCGAUCGGCCCCCAGGUCCUGGCCUGGCGCACGACCGCUGCCGCCGAGGCGCCCGCCGCGGAAAUCAAGGCGGCGGUGCCCGCGCGCCGCGCGCGUGCCGCCGAGCGGCCGCGCAUGCGCAUGGACCUCGAUCGCGCGGUGCAGGAAGAGCAGGAGCUCUUGCAAGCCGAGCGGCGCGAGCGCCAGGCGACGCAUGCGCGGCGCGACGCUGCCCAAGCCUCGAUCCAAGGCGCGCUGGACGACGAGGCGGCGCUGGACUAUGCGCUGAUGCUGUCGCGCGAAGAGGCGCAGACCGACGAGCUGUCCUACGAGCUGCUGUAUGACGAGCUGCGUCUCGAGGCGAGCGAGGGCGACAGCGAUGCGGCGCCGAUCGCCUCGCCUGAGCUCACGGCCUUUUCCUCGCCGCCGUCGCGCGCGUGGGACACGCUGCACCACGCCGGCCCCCGCGCGAGCACGACGAACGAGACGAGUGGCCCGCAUAGCAAGCUGCGCACCGUCGCCGUGCCGCGGUCGGCGCGCCUCGCCACGAGUCCGUCGUCGGCGCACUCGUCGCUGGGCAGCACGCCGCUGCAGCUCGGGAGCUCGCAAGAGUGGCCGGACAUGCGCCCCUCGUCCCUGCCCGAGCACCGUGCUGGGCGCUCGCCGAUGGGCGCAGCGCGCUGGUGA